UUACCACGCACGGUAGAAGGGGUUUCUCUUUUCUCCUUGCUUGAACCAAUAAACAAAUCCUGCUCCUCAGAAGCGCAUUCUCCAGCUGCUACCGUGAGAAAUGUGAAAAAUUGUUGCUUGAAAACGAAAGUGUACGGCACACAGGUUUCAUCGGGACAAACAAAAACAUCGAGACCCGAAAAACAAAUUUGAAUGCCGCCGAAACAGCAGUGAAUUUACACAAAGGUGUGAUAUUGUACAGCUUAAGGAACGUUGCUACAACGAAAGGAGCAGUGCUGGAAAAGGAGUCACUAGUGAUUUGCAGAAUGAUUAGAAAUCUGCUUCAACGAACAUGCCGUUUGAUGCAUUCCUUCUAUUAACGCAGUAUUGAGCUACCGUACAUGUGUCAGGUGAAAAAAAAAAAACAAUCGUUACUUAUCGUGCCAUUUUACCACACGAAUAGCAUCUGUCGAAGUUUCACCGCCUUCGGACGAGCAGUAGGCCUUUGGCGAGCCAUUCAGUAAGCAUGGUCAACAUCAAGUAUGAACGGGUUAAGCAAACGACGGACCACGAAGCUGGCACCGGUGAAGAAAUUGAGCUUGCGGCGAACAGGCGAGCCGUGGACCACCUGCAGCAGGACGCUUUGCACAAUCACAACCACAACCAGUACCACCAAAGUAAUAGUUACGGGCACCACAAUCAGUACAUCGUGGCGACGACCGGUGGGAGCGGAAAGUCCUAUGCAGAUGGACAACGUAAAAACGGAUUUGCCAACCGGAUCAUUGUCACGCUGGUGCUGAUUGUUUGCUACUUUGCCAUGUCGAUCGGGUUGACGUUCUACCAGCGCAACUUGCUGCAGCAAUUUAAACUACCACUGUUUGUGGUACUUUACCAUUUGGUAAUUAAGCUGAUGCUUUCGGCGUUGGUACGCUUCGUGCUGCGUUGCGUAACGAAAAAGCCACGAAUCCUGCUCGACUGGCGAACGUCGGUGAGGAAAAUACUGCCCACUGGUUUGGCCAGUGGCAUCGAUAUCAGUUUUUCCAACUGGGGACUCGAGUUGGUAAAAAUAUCACUAUACACAAUGACCAAAUCUACUACCAUAGUCUUUAUUUUGAUAUUUGCUAUAUUGCUUAAGCUGGAAAAAAAGAGCUGGUCUCUGGGCGCUAUCGUGAUCAUGAUUUCCGGAGGUCUCUUUAUGUUCACAUACAAAUCGACCCAAUUCGAUGCGCUUGGGUUUUCCUUCCUUUUGUUUGCGUCGCUAUCGAGUGGCAUCCGCUGGACGUUUGCACAGCUCAUCAUGCAGAAGUCAAAGCUUGGGUUGCACAAUCCGAUCGAUAUGAUAUUUCAUAUGCAACCCUGGAUGAUUCUUUCGGUGCUGCCCUUUACCAUCGGAUUCGAGGGACAAAAGCUAGUCGAAGGAUACUAUGUGGUGCAGACGAUGGCCCAGAGCGUUGUCGUGGAUAUGUGGCUGAAGAUUUCCUUCGGUGCUUUCAUAGCAUUCGCGAUGGAAGUGAGCGAGUUUAUGGUUCUCACGAACACCUCCAGUUUGACCCUGUCCGUUGCAGGAAUUUUUAAGGAAAUUUGUCAACUGGUGCUCGCUGUUAAGCUGAACGAUGAACAUCUUAGUACCGUGAACGUACUCGGUUUGGUGAUGUGUCUCGGUGGCAUUUGUUGCCACGUGGUGCACAAAUUUUUAACGUAUCGCGAGGAAAACUCCAAACUUGGCUCAUUGGCUUCGGUCGACAAAGCCAUCGGUUACCAGGAAGACCGGGACGAGGAGGACGAUGAUGGAAAAACCGGUACCCUAAAGUUCGGCAAUGGUGUAACACGUUUCAAGAGCGGCCAGUACCGACCGCUGCUGGUCAACGAGGCGCGUGAUGCGGACGAUUCCGACCAUUUGGUGGUCGAAAACCGUAACUACCUAUCGGAGGACAGUGAUCCGGGCGAGAACGAUGCGCAGGACGUGCUGUUCGAUAUUCUGAAACGUCGGGAACGAUAAACAUUCCAAUUGGCCGACCGUUGUGCAUUUAUGUUUGGUUACCCGUUUCUUGUCGGAUGCGAUUGUUGUGAAUUAUUAAGCGAAUUUGUUAUUGUUAUAAUUUACUUAAGCCAUGCUGGUCCGUCCGGGGUCAGCAUUAACAUUAGUUAAAUGAGUCGGGUUGGAACGCUACCGUUGGUUUCCUAUUAACUAAUUCCAUCUACUUGCACAAGCGACGAACGAUUGAAUUUUUUAGAUAGGUUUACUUAAUGUUUUUAAACACGUGCUAGUAUUUCCGUCUUGUUUUUUUUUAUCACCAUGCCAUAUAGAGAAAUACGUUUCAAUUUUAAUCGUACGAAUUAACGCUUGCGGGUAGCUAUGUGGCAUUUUGUGGUGGGUGUGUGUAGUGUGAUUGUUUUAGCAAAGAAGUAAAUUUAAUUUGUUCCUGAACGCUUAGUAUAACAGAUUACAAGCUAGUGUACGGAGGAACGACUGAUACAACAAUGCAUAAAGUUGAUAAUAGAGGUAUUUUACUACUUACUUUUAAAAUCUACGUGAUGUUAUUAUAAUUUUUAAAAAUAAAAACAAACAACGGAUUUGUUGAUGCGAAGGCUA